AUGGAGUGGCGGAAAUCUGAGGCCCUGGGGUUCUCUGUUCCACGGGAGAUCACUGGGGGCACAGGGUGCAAGCCACACUCCCGCCCCUACUUGGCCCGCCUGGAAAUUAUCACCCCACCAGGAAAGCUGGUGGCAUGUGGUGGUUUCCCGGUAAGAAGGGACUUUGUGCUGACGGCUGCUCAAUGUACAGGAAGGUCUAUAAUGUUCACCCUGGGAAUUCAUAACAUAAAAAAGAAAGAAGACACAUGGCAGAAGCUUGAGGUCAUAAAGCAGUUCCUUCACCCAAAUUAUAACGACUCUUUUGCUCACCAUGACAUCAUGUUACUGAAGCCGGAGGAGAAAGCCAACCUGACUGCCAUGGGGAUGCUCCCCCUUCCACCCCAAUUCAGCUUCCUCCCACCCGGGGCAGUGUGCCACGCGGCUGGCUAGGGAGGAACCCGAGCAGAGGGAUGGGGCUCCAACACUCCGCGAGGGGUGAAGCUGAGAGUCCUGGAGCCCCGGGCCUGCAGACUCUUCACUACUUUUGACCAUGGCCUCCAGUUGUGUGUGGGCAGACCCCAGAAGACAAAAUCUGCAUUUAACGUGAUCCUCAG